AUGGGUCGAACUUUAAAAUCUGAAGCAAAUUUCAGAUAUAAAUGUGUGGAGGAGUACACAACCAGUGAUGAUGAUGGCAACCCUGUUGAAGAAGACGAUUUUUUAUAUUUUUACGGUAAUAUACCAAAAGGCUGGAAUGAAAAUGAGAAGGCUAAAACGCGCAAAAGAUUUUUAAAAAAUAUGGACGAUAAGCCAAAGUAUAGUUUUAUAUAUGAUGAAGUUUCGAACCAGUAUGAUAAUCCAAAGCAAUCUUGGAAAUUGCAGAAAUUCAUCAGUAAAAAUAAAUUAGAUUAUUUGAAACUCCUUAAACCAUAUAAACUGGCUCACUGGAAAUCACCGGUUUCAAAACUUCCGAAACGAAGAUUGCCGAUUCGAAUCGUCGAGCGGAAUUCAAAAGACGAUGAAACUAUAGCAAAUUUUCCCUUAAAAAACCACUUGAAUAUAAGAAAAUACGAUUCACUGAGAUUAAUUAAAGAUGAAUUCUUUGCUCCUACAAAUUUUCAAAGUCUAAACGGAAUAAAUUCAACGAAUGGCCGUGAAAAUGAUCAAAAAAGUUAUGAAUUUAUUCAAAACGAAAGUGAAGAAAAUCGAGCAAACUAUAAAAAGUGUGAUCUUAAUGCUUUGCUUUGUCACAAAAGAAUGAGAAUGAGAAAAGCACAAGAGAAAUUUAAUAGUCAAAGUUCGGACCCUGCAGGGGUGAGCCCUGGCGGUUUUGGCGAUCCAGCGGUAACUCUUCCAAUGCCAGAAAAAGUGGCUCGAACAAAAGCCAAUUGCCAAAGACCUCGAAAAACCUCGCCAGCGCAACGUGAGCGGGCAAAUCAACGAGAACGACGACGUAUGGCUCUCGUAAAUCAGGCAUAUAGAUAUCUCGAAUCGCAACUGCCAAGAUUCAACAGCGAGCAAAAACUAAGCCACAUCGAGACCCUCAAGUGA